AUGUCUCUGGUGGCCACAAGGUUGAGUUUGAAAGCUGCCAGCCCGCUAUGGCGGUCCCCGAACAGAAGGUUUCUGUGGCUUCUGGGUGGCCGGGACAACAACGACAGCAGGUCAGCGAGCACGACAACGAGGGUCCAAACAUACUCACUGUCAAAGACUGUCAACAAUGCGUCACCUUUACAGGUCUACGAUGUUGUCUCUGAGGUGGGGAAGUAUAAAGAGUUUAUCCCUUACUGUGUGGAGUCCUUCGUCGAUAAAAGGGACCCGCAGACCGAGAGACCGAAGCUCGCUGGGUUGCGAGUUGGCUUCAAACAGUACGACGAGAAAUUUGUGUGCAAUGUUGCCUGUGAGGAGGUCGAACAAGGGUCCCAGUACACCGUGGAGGCGGAAUCCAUAUCGCAUCAUCUCUUUGAGGUGUUGAAUUGCCGAUGGACCAUCAAGAAGCACCCGCGGAGGCCGAACUCGAGUCAGAUGGAUCUUCUGCUGAAGUUCCAGUUCAAAUCAGCUCUGUACAACAGCGUAUCAUCGCUGUUUGCGAGAAGCGUGACGCAACUCGUGCUAAACGCCUUCGAUAAAAGGGUGUUCCAAGUAAUGAAGAGGGACUACAGCGCGAGGAAUCAAGCUGGAGUCCAGUAG